AUGGUUCAUGUGUCAUCUCACGGAGCAAAAGAUGGCUCGGAAGAAGCCUUCGACUAUAGAGGAAAUCCACCAGAUAAGUCCAAAACCGGAGGAUGGUUAGGCGCCGGUUUGAUCUUGGGGAGUGAGCUGUCGGAGAGAAUAUGCGUGAUGGGCAUAUCGAUGAACCUAGUGACUUACCUUGUCCAAGAUUUACACAUCUCAUCAGCGAAGUCAGCGACCAUAAGCACCAAUUUCAUGGGAACUCUCAACCUCUUAGGACUUCUUGGUGGUUUCUUGGCUGACGCAAAACUCGGUCGCUACAAGAUGGUCGCAAUCUCAGCCUCUGUUACAGCUCUGGGAGUGUUGCUUUUGACGGUGGCUACAACCAUCCCAAGCAUGAGACCACCACUAUGCGACGAUUACAGGAGACAACACCAUCAGUGCGUAGAAGCGAACGGUCAUCAGCUAGCUCUUCUCUACGUAGCUCUCUACACCAUAGCUCUAGGCGGAGGAGGAAUCAAAUCCAACGUCUCUGGUUUCGGGUCUGACCAAUUCGACACAAGCGAUCCAAAGGAAGAGAAACAGAUGAUUUUCUUCUUCAACAGAUUCUACUUCUCAAUCAGCAUCGGAUCUCUCUUCGCCGUGAUUGCUCUGGUCUACGUUCAGGACAACGUCGGGAGAGGCUGGGGCUACGGUAUCUCGGCGGCGACUAUGGUGGUUGCGGCUGUGGUUUUGCUCUGCGGGACGAAACUGUACCGUUACAAGAAACCUAAAGGAAGCCCUUUUACCGUUAUAUGGAGGGUUUGUUUCUUGUCGUGGAAGAAAAGAAAAGAAAGUUACCCUCCGCAUCCGAGUCUCUUAAACGGUUUCGACAACACGACGGUUCCACACACGGAGAGGCUAAAGUGUUUAGACAAAGCUGCGAUUGUCGUGAACGAAGACAAAAGCUCUCGUGGCUCGAAAGAAGAUCCAUGGAUCGUAUCGACAGUUACACAAGUUGAAGAAGUGAAACUCGUUGUGAAACUGAUUCCGAUUUGGGCAACAAACAUUCUCUUCUGGACGAUUUACUCACAAAUGACGACUUUCACUGUGGAACAAGCCACGUUUAUGGAUCGAAAAAUCGGAUCUUUCAAGAUUCCUUCAGGGUCUUACUCAACGUUCCUCUUCCUCACAAUCCUCCUCUUCACUUCCCUUAACGAGAGAGUCUUUGUGCCUUUAGCAAGAAGGCUCACAAAAAACCCUCAAGGAAUCACAAGCCUCCAGAGAAUCGGGAUAGGGCUUGUGUUCGCGAUGGCUGCGAUGGCGGCAGCUGCGGUUAUAGAGAACGCUAGACGCGAGGCAGCGGUUACGCACAACACGAGGAUAAGCGCGUUUUGGUUGAUUCCACAGUAUUUCUUGGUUGGUGCGGGUGAAGCGUUUGGUUACGUUGGACAGCUUGAGUUCUUCAUAAGAGAAGCCCCGGAGAGGAUGAAGUCGAUGAGUACUGGAUUGUUUUUGAGCACGAUCUCGAUGGGAUUCUACGUGAGUAGCUUGCUUGUUUCGCUUGUGGAUAAAGUUACGCACAAGAGAUGGCUUAGGAGCAACCUCAACAAAGGGAGACUGAACUACUUCUACUGGUUGCUUGUUGUCUUGGGAGCAUUGAAUUUCUUGAUCUUUCUUGUGUUUGCGAUGAGGCAUCAGUAUAAAGCUGGUGUGAUUAGUGUUGGCAAUAGUGAUGAUUCGGUGGAGAAAGAGAUGGCGAUGGAGAAAGAGAACGAGAAGGAGAAAAAAACUGAGUUUGAGCUUAAGGACAUUCCUUAA